AUGACCGGACCUAUCACAAGUCUUGUUGUUUGCAAUCACUUAAAGUACUUGAAUCUUAGUAGUAAUAAUUUUGUUGGAGAAGAACUUGAUUAUUCAGAUUUCCCGGAACUGGAGUUCUUAAAUCAGUCUCUAAAUCAAAAUUUGACGGCAAUCCCCACCCGUCCUUUUGCCCAUAAUAGAGACAUUGGCUUGUCAUGCAAUGCCUUGAGUGGACAAUCAACAUGCAAAGAGCAUAAGCCAAGAAACAAGCCAGUCCAUUAUUUGACCAUUUUUCUUCCCAUCAUCGUGGGACUUUGCUUCUUGCUUCUUGGUUACAUGUGCUAUAAUAAUCACAAUGCUACCGAAAACAAACUCCACCCGGAAACAAGAAAACACGGAAAUGUGUGCUCAAUAUGGAAUUAUGAUGGAACAAUUGCAUAUGAAGACUUCAUCAAUGCUACUGAGGACUUCGACCUUAAAUAUUGCAUUGGAACUGGUGGCUAUGGUAGUGUUUAUGAGGCCAAACUACCUAACGGUAAAACUUUUGCUUUAAAAAAACUCCACCAUUUUGAAGCCAAGCAACCAGCAUUCAACCAGAGUUUCAAGAAUGAAGUUCAAGUGUUAACUAACCUACGCCACAAAAACAUCGUCAGGCUCUAUGGUUUAUGUUUGCAUAACAAAUGCAACUUCCUUGUAUAUGAAUACAUGGAAAAGGGAAGCCUGUUUUGCGCCUUGAGUGACAGAGAAUUAGCUGUUCAAGUGGACUGGAUCAAGAGAGUGAACAUCAUCAAAGAUGUGGCCCGUGCUUUAGCGUACAUGCAUCAUGAUUGCAGCCCUCCUAUUGUUCAUAGAGACAUAUCAACCAACAACAUACUUUUGAAUUCAGAAAUGGAAGGAUUUGUUGCUGACUUUGGAGCAGCCAGAUUGCUUGACCCAGAUUCCUCCAACCAAACUGUAACUGUAGGAACUUUGGGAUACAUUGCUCCGGGUAAUCAUAGUGUUCUUCUAUGUCUAUUAGAAAUAGAAAUUUUUCUAACAAUCCUCGGUCGUAUAUGA